CUCCUGGGCGCCAGCACCGAUGACACCAUCGGGGACCUGAAGAAGCUGAUCGCCGCCCAGACGGGGACCCGUUGGAACAAGAUCGUGCUGAAGAAGUGGUACACGAUCUUUAAGGACCACGUUUCUCUGGGCGACUCUGAAAUCCAUGAUGGGAUGAACCUGGAGCUUUAUUACCAAUAAAGCGGAACUCCUUCCUCGUGCCCGAUCCCCCCGCCCCUCUCCUCCCGCUCUCAGCCCCAGCCCUGGUAUGGAUGCUUGUUUUUAAAAAGUCAUGUUAAUAAAAACGUAGAACAGCU